UAGAAAUUGACCCUCCUCUCGUCCUUCACACAACACGGAGCUAAGAUGGCGGCCGCCGCAGUGAGGAGCAUCGGCUCCACUUUGGGGAGAAACCUCCGAGAGAUCCGCGUGCACCUCUGUCAGAGCUCCGCCGCCAGCAAGGGUGCGAGAGACUUUGUGGAGCAGCACUAUGUGACUCUGAAGACGUCGAACCCGGACUUCCCGAUCCUGAUCAGAGAAUGUUCUGGAAUCCAGGCCCGGGUCUGGGCCCGCUACGAUCUGGGGAGGGAGCGCAGCGUCUCUGUGGACAACAUGUCAGCUGAUCAGGUGGCCUCAGCUCUGCAGACUCUGGUCCAGUCCAAACCCUGACCCCCCCCCCCUCUCUGCAGACAGUGGUUCAGUCCUGUUGAGCUCAUUCCCUCAGUUUGUGUUAAUGUGUGGAUAUAAUAAACAUGAUAUUAUUAACGUCA